GCGGGACUGAGGCGCGGGCGGGAGGGCAGAGCGCGGGCCGUGUCGCCGGGUGACGCCGCGAGGAUGGCGCGAGGCCAGGCACCGCCGCCACUGUUACUCGCGCUCUCCGCGCUGCUGGCGCUGCCGGCGCUGGGCCCAGCCGCGGCCGCCAAGCUCAACAUCCCCAAAGUGCUGUUGCCCUUCACGCGGGCCACGCGCGUCAACUUCACCCUGGAGGCCUCGGAGGGCUGCUACCGCUGGUCAUCCACCCGGCCGGAAGUGGCCAGCAUAGAGCCCCUGGGCCCCGACGAACGCCAGUGCUCCCAGAAAGCCAUAGUGCAGGCCCGGCUCACACAGCCCACCCGGCUCACCAGCAUCAUCUUCGCCGAGGACAUCACCACGGGCCAGGUGCUACGCUGCGAUGCCAUUGUUGACCUUAUCCAUGGCAUUCAGAUUGUGUCCACCACCCGAGAGCUCUACCUUGAAGAUUCCCCACUGGAGCUGAAGAUCCAGGCCCUGGACUCAGAAGGGAACACCUUCAGCACCCUGGCGGGACUGGUCUUUGACUGGACGAUUGAGAAGGACACGCAGGCGGACGGGUUCUCAGACUCCCACAGUGCCCUGCGAAUCCUCACCUUCCUGGAGUCUACAUACAUCCCUCCUUCUUAUAUCUCAGAGAUGGAGAAGGCGGCCAAGCAGGGCGACACCGUCCUGGUAUCCGGGAUGAAGACCGGGAGCUCCAAGCUCAAGGCUCGCAUCCAGGAGGCUGUCUACAAGAGCGUGCAUCCUGCGGAGGUCAGGCUGCUGAUUCUGGAAAAUAUCCUCCUGAACCCAGCCCACGACAUCUACCUGCUGGUGGGGGCCUCCGUUCGCUACAAGGUGCAGAAGGUCAGGCAGGGGAAGAUUACAGAACUCUCGAUGCCUUCUGAGCAGUAUGAGCUGCAGCUUCAGAACAGCAUCCCGGGCCCCCACGGAGAUCCUGGUCAGCCUGUGGCUGUCCUGGCCCAGGACACAUCGAGGGUGACUGCCCUACAGCUGGGACAGAGCAACCUGGUCCUCGGCCACCGGAGUAUCCGCAUGCAGGGUGCUUCUAGGCUGCCCAACAGCACCAUCUACGUAGUGGAACCCGGAUACCUGGGGUUCACAGUCCACCCUGGUGACAGGUGGGUGCUUGAGACCGGCCGCCUGUACAUGAUCACCAUCGAAGUGUUUGACAAGUCCAGCAACAAGGUCCACCUGUCCGACAGCAUCCGGAUUGAAGCCAAGCUUCCUGCUGAGUUCUUUGAGGUUCUCUCGUCUUCCCAGAAUGGGUCACACCACCACGUCAGGGCGAUUCAGAAGGGCCAGACGACCAUCCAGGCAGCCCUCACCUCUGUGGUGGACCAGGAUGGAGGGGUCCAUGUCCUACAAGUGCCUGUGUGGAACCAGCAGGAGGUGGACAUCCACAUCCCCAUCACCCUGGAUCCCAGCAUCUUGACGUUUCCUUGGCAACCGAAGACAGGCGCCUAUCAGUACACAAUUGAGGCCCACGGGGGCAGUGGGAACUUCAGCUGGUCAUCAUCAAGCUCCAUGGUGGCCACGGUCACUGUCAAGGGCACGAUGACCACAGGCAGUGACAUCGGGCUCAGUGUGAUCCAGGCGCAUGACGUCCAGAACCCGCUACAUUUUGGCGAGAUGAAGGUGUACGUUAUCGAGCCCAGCAGCAUGGAGUUCGCCCCAUGCCAGGUGGAAGUGCGUGUGGGCCAGACGCUGGAGCUGCCCCUGAGGAUCAACGGCCUUAUGCCUGGCGGGACAAAUGAGGUGGUCACCCUGAGCGACUGCUCCCACUUCGACUUGGUGGUGGAGGUGCAGAGCCAGGGCGUGUUCCAGCCUCUCCCAGGGCGGCUGCCACCCGGGUCUGAGCACUGCAGCGGCGUCAGGGUGAGAGCCGAGGCCCAGGGCUCCACCAUACUCCUCGUGAGCUACACGCAUGGCCACGUACACCUGAGCGCCAGGAUCACCAUCGCUGCCUACCUGCCCCUCAAGGCGGUGGAUCCCUCCCCUAUUGCUGUGGUAACCCUGGGCUCCUCCAAGGAGAUGCUGUUGGAAGGAGGCCCCCGACCCUGGGUCCUCGAGCCUUCCAAGUUUUUCUGCAAUGUCACCUCCGAAGACAUGGACAGCAUCAGCAUGGUUCUCUUGGGCCCCCCUGCCUCCCGGAAUUACCAACAGCACCGGAUCCUUGUGACCUGCCAGGCCUUCAGCGAGCAGGUCAUCUCCCUCUUGGUCGGGAACAAGCCCAGCGUCACCAACCCCUUUCCUGCGGUGGAGCCCACCGUGGUGAAGUUCAUCUGUGCCCCACCGUCCAGGCUCACCCUUACGCCCAUCUACAGCAGCCCCCAGCUGGACCUGUCCUGCCCGCUGCUGCAGCAGAGCAAGCAAAUGGUUCCGGUCUCCAGCCACCGAAAUCCCCUGCUGGACCUGGCUGCCUAUGACCAUCAGGGGCACCAGUUCGACAACUUCAGCUCUCUGAGUAUUCAGUGGGAGUCUGUCCGACCGCUUCUGGCCAGCAUCGAGCAGGACCUGCCACUGCAGCUGGUGUUACAGGACGAUGGGAGCGGUCAGAAGAAGUUACACGGUUUGCAGGCCAUUUCGGUACACAAGGCAUCAGGAGAAACGACCAUCUCCGCCACGGCAACUGGCUACCAGCAGCCCCACCUCAUCGCGGCCAGAGCAAAGCAACCGCAUGACCCUUUCCUGCCUGUGUCGGCCUCCAUCGAGCUCAUUCUGGUGGAGGAUGUGUGGGUGAGCCCCGGCGAGGUGACCAUCUACAACCAUCCUGGUGUCCAGGCUGAGCUCCAUGUCAGAGAAGGCUCUGGCUACUUCUUCCUCAACACCAGCACCACAGACGUUGUGAGCGUGGCCUACCAGGAGGCCAGGGGCGUCACCACAGUGCACCCUUUGCUCCCGGGCUCCGUGACUGUCAUGAUCCACGACUUGUGCCUGGCCUUCUCAUCCCCAGCAAAGGCUGUCAUUCACGUGUCUGACAUUCAGGAGCUGUACGUCCGCGUGGUUGACAAGGUGGAGAUUGGGAAGACAGUCAAGGCGCACGUCCGCGUGCUGGACUCUUACAAGAAACCUUUUCUGGCCAAGUACUUCGCCUUCAUGGACUUGAAGCUCCAGGCAGCCUCUCAGAUUGUCACGCUAGUGGCCCUGGAUGAAGCCCUCGAUGACUAUACAGCCGAGUUCCUCCUGCAUGGCGUGGCCAUUGGCCAGACCAGCCUGACUGCCAGUGUGACCGAUAAGGCUGGACAGAGGGUCAGCUCAGCCCCACAGCAGAUCGAGGUCUUCCCUCCAUUCCGGUUGAUACCCAGGAAAGUGACGCUGAUUAUUGGGGCUGUGAUGCAGAUCACCUCAGAGGGUGGCCCCCAGCCCCAGUCCAACAUCCUCUUCUCCAUCAGCAACGAGAGCAUUGCGGCUGUGGCUGGCACUGGGCUGGUGCGCGGGCUCUCUGUUGGCAACGGCACUGUGUCAGGAGUUGUACAGGCGGUGGAUGCAGAGACCGGCAAGGUCAUCAUCAUCUCUCAGGACCUCGUGGAGGUGGAGGUGCUGCAGCUGCAGGCAGUGAGAAUCCGGGCGCCCAUCACGCGAAUGCGGACAGGCACUCAGAUGCCUGUCUAUGUCACCGGGAUCACCAGCAGCCAGAGCCCAUUCUCUUUUGGAAAUGCUGUUCCAGGCCUGACCUUCCACUGGUCUGUCACCAAGCGGGACAUCCUGGACCUCCGAGGGCGCUACCACGAGGCAUCCAUCCGGCUCCCGUCGCAGUACAACUUUGCCAUGGCCGUGCAUGGCCGGGUGAAAGGCCGAACUGGGCUUCAGGUGGUGGUCCGGGCUCAGGAGCCCAGGGCUGGACAGCUACAUGGCCUUUCGAGAGAGCUGUCGGAUGAGAUCCAAAUCCAGGUGUUUGAAAAGCUGCAGCUGCUGAACCCUGAAAUAGAAGCAGAACAAAUGUUAAUGUCACCCAACUCGUUUAUAAAGCUCCAAACAAACAGGGACGGUGCAGCCUCGCUGAGCUAUCGAGUCCUCGAUGGGCCGGAGAGGGUCCCCGUGGCGCACGUCGAUGCUCGGGGCUUCCUGGUAUCCGGCUCAGUGGUCGGGAUGUCCACUAUGGAAGUGACAGCCCAGGAGCCUUUUGGGGCCAACCAAACCAUCAUCAUUGCUGUGAAGGUGUCGCCUGUUUCUUACCUGAGGGUGUCCAUGAGCCCUGUCCUGCACACCCACAACAAGGAAGCCCUGAUGGCCUUGCCGGUGGGGAUGACCGUGACCUUCACAGCCCACUUCCACGACAGCUUCGGAGACAUCUUCCAUGCUCAUAAUUCUGUUCUCAACUUCGCCACUAACAGAGACGACUUUGUGCAGAUUGGCAAGGGCACCACUAACAACACCUGCGUCGUCCGCACAGUCAGCGUGGGCCUGACUCUGCUCCGCGUGUGGGACGCUGAGCACCCCGGCCUCUCCGACUACAUCCCGCUGCCUGUCCUGCAGGCCAUCUCCCCGGAGCUGUCUGGAAUGCUGGUGGUAGGGGACGUCCUCUGCCUGGCCACUGUGCUCACCGGCCUGGAAGGCAUCUCAGGAACCUGGAGCUCCUCAGCCGCCAGCAUCCUCCAAGUGGACCCCAAGACAGGCGUGGCUGUGGCCCAGGAUGUGGGACCUGUGACGAUCUACUACGAGGUCGCCGGGCACCUGAGGACCUACAAGGAGGUCGUGGUCAGCGUCCCAAAGAGGGUUGUGGCCCAUCACGUCCACCCCGCCCAGACCAGCUUCCAGGAGGCCACAGCCUCCCGAGUGACCAUCACCGUGGGAGAUAGGAGUUCGAACCUAAGAGGUGAGUGCUCCCCCUCGCAGAAGGACGUCAUUGAGACCUUGCACCCCGAAUUGCUCAUUGGCUGCCGCUUCCGGUUCAAGCAAGAUGUCUUCAGUUUCCCAGCACAGGACGUCUUCACUGUCGAGCCAGGGUUUGAUGCUGCUCUGGGCCAGUACUUCUGCUCAGUCACCACGCGCAGACUGACAGACAUGCAGCUGAAGCACCUGAGCAGCCAGACGACGGUGCUGGUGGUCACCGCCUCCCUCCCUGGCAGCCACUCCUCCGAGGAGCAUGUCGGGGCAGAGGUGCCCUUCAGCCCCCGGCUCUACGCUGACCAGGCUGAAAUCCUUUUGAGCAACCACUACACCAGCUCUGAGGUCAAGAUCUUCGGUGCCGUGGAGACACUGCAGAGCUUGGAGGUGAAGUCCGGGUCCCCAGCCGUGCUGGCCUUCCAGAAGGAGAAGUCCCUGGGGCUGCCCAGCUUCGUCACAUACACGGUCGGCAUCUCGGACCCUGUGGCUGGCACCCAGAUGCCUCUGUCCACAGCCCUGACCUUCUCCAGCCCUGCCACUAACCAGGCCAUCACCAUCCCUGUCACCGUGGCCUUCGUGAUGGACCGCCACGGGCCCAGCCCCUAUGGCAGCAGCCUCUUUCAGCACUUCCUCGAUUCCUACCAAGUCAUGUUCUUCACGCUCUUCGCUCUGCUGGCUGGGUCGGCGGUCAUGAUCAUAGCCUACCACAUGGUCUCUACACCCCGGGAGCUCACAGCGCCUCCGGCUCUCACGCCCCAAGCCAGCCCGCAGCACAGCCCCCACUAUUUCGCUGCCUCGUCACUGAGCCCUUUCAACACGCUGCCUCCUGCUCGCAAAGCCAGUCCUCCCUCAGGGCUCUGGAGCCCAGCUUACGCCUCCCGCUAGCCAGCAUCCAGAGUCUGGUGCUGAUGACAGCUCCCCACGAUGCCUUGGCAACAGGGAUGCCCCUGCCACGUUCAUGCUGGAACAAGGCCCUUGAGACCCGCGCCUGUGCCCCGGCCCACCCUCGCUGCCCCUCUGCUUUCGUAGAGUGGAGGUCUAGUUGUGCUUAUUAGCUUAUUCUCAUAUGUAGGAGUUUUAGGCUUGUUUUUUAUAAUUUCCCUUCCAGAGCUGGAUGCGAUCGCGCACACUUGUAAUCCCAGCACUCGGGAGGCUGAGUCAGGUGGAUCGAAAGUUCAAGGCCAGCCUGGACCAUAGAGCAAGAGCCUGUCUCAAACAACAACAAAAUUUCUCUUCCAAGUCUUGCAAAGCUAAGACUGGCCGGCCCAUUCCAUCAUGCGUAGCUGUCUAGGAUUUCUGGACACAGUUCAACUAUGUUUUUAUUUUCUUAGCAUUGUUACAGACCACUGUCUCCUAAACACUUGGAGCAGUUGCAAACUCUUGUUAGAAGGUAUCUGAAGAUGAUGUUACUGUAGUUGUCUCAGGGAAAGGAUUUUCUAGUUGCUUUUGGGGUUUGGGGUACGUGUGUGUGUGUGUGUGUGCGCGCGCGCGUGCGUGUGUGUGGUGCUGGGGAUGAACCCAGGGCCUCGAGCAUGCUAGUCAAGUGCUCUACCACUGAGCUACUCCCUAGCCCUUGGUGUGGGUUUUCCCCCUGUGAAAUCUUCUCCUAGUCUGGCUGCUACUAGGAAAUGUGGCCGAACAAAUUCGACUGCCCUGGGCCUGCCUGCUUUGGCCCUGGAAGCCUAAGGAUGACUGUCCGGAGCCCCUGGGUAGCUGAGCCCUCUGGCACCACUGUGAAAAGCCUUCGUCCUCUGGUCCUGUGCUUCAGAAGCCGCUGAAACACCCAGUGGAUGUGGCUUCAUCCCUGCUGGGCCAUCCCCAGGGGGGAUCCCUCUACUCUGUCCCUGCCUGGCUCCUCCGCAGCGUGGGGACAUUCUCAGGCUGGUAGCAGGGACCUCCCACCCCAUUUGUUCUGUGACGCCACCAUGUUCCCCUCAGCACAAGGACCCAGUGUCACCUGUCUUUGGGAGGUGCACACUGCAGUACCUCAGCAGAUCUGAGCCUUUGCUGCCCAGCCACAGAGGGAGGCAGCCUCUCCAGGUCAGCUGACUCCCUGCUGGCCCAGGCCCCAGGCAGCUUCCCAGCAGGCCCCAAAGCCCAGCCUGCCCUCUAGGAAGGACACCCCAAGGAAGUGACAGCCGGGAGCCCUCCUCUGCCCCGCUCCUGUCAGCUCAGACCUGGGGAGUACAGGGCUUCUGCUCCUGGCCGCAAGGCCACGCUACCCUCAGGGAGAUCUGGAGGCUGCCCGGAGCCAGCCACACAGGGACACCAAGGCACACGACUCCACAGGGCCGUCUGCCUCUGAAGGUCAAAUGUGAACCACCUCGGUCCUUCCGGCCAUGCCACGGGUGAUGAAGGAAGCUGGAGAGCAGAUGACUUGUGCCUUGCCUACUACUUGAGCUCACACUGACAAACUGGAUGUCCAUAAGUUCCUUUCUCCUUGUUUUAUUUAAUAAAGCUCUGUAUAAUUUCUUAA